ACAACAAGGUUUCUCGAGUGGCGGGUUCCCUGGUUACGAAGCAGGGAUGAGUGAUUCGGAGCGCGGCCCAGCCCCAGGUGAGGAGGAUGGUGGGGAGCCCGAGGAAGAAGGGGAAGAGGAGGAAGAAGAGGUCGCUGCUGGGGAUGUGGAUGCCGAGACUGCGCCGGGUGGGCGGAAGGUUCGUGGUGGGCGGAAAGCCCGGGGUAGGCCGCGCCUCACCGAGUCUGACCGGGUACGACGACGCCUCGAAUCCCGCAAGAAAUACGACGAGCGGCGGGUCUACCUGGGCGAGUCUCACGGCUCGUGGGUGGACCUGAGGCAGCGCAGUGGCUGGAGUGACGCCAAGCUGGCGGCUUAUUUACUGGAACUGGAACGAGAACAGCAGGCCGGGCGCCGCGGAAAACCAUGGGAGCAGAUGCUUUAUGAGCCACAACGAAACAAAAGAAGAAGGCGAAACGUGAACUGCCUGAAGAACACAGUCAUCUGGUAUGAAGAUCACAAGAAUCGCUGCCCUUAUGAGCCUCAUCUCUCUGAGCUGGAUCCCAACUUUGGGAUGUACACCACAGCUGUCUGGCAAUGUGAAGCAGGGCACCGCUAUUUCCAGGACUUGCACUCACCACUUAAACCACUCAGUGAUUCUGAAAAUGAAUGUGACAACGUUGCCAAUGGCACUGGAACUGGAAACUCUGAGUCUUCAGAAGAGAGCUCUAGCUCUAUGAUAGAGGAACAGCUGGAGAAUCAGAAAGACAAGCCCCAGGUUCAGCAACCCUCAGCAGAAGGAGAAGGAGAAAAUACCAGCGGGCUCAUCACACAGGAUGGCAUCCAUAUUCCAUUUGAACACCAUAUUGAGAACUUACGAGCAGAACAAGGUGCCAGCAUGUGCCACAACCCAUCCCUCAAUGGACCAGAGACAAUGGAAACUGUGGUAUGCAUGCCAAUGGCCAUGCAGAUGGGUUCAGGUCACGGAACUCUGUUUGAGAACGUUUCACAAGAGACACUUGGUAAAGUAGUAGCCAGCUGCCCUGUGCAAGGUAUGAUGCAAGGUUCACAAGUGAUCAUCAUUGCUGGACCCGGCUAUGAUUCUCUCACAGCAGAGGGAAUCCAACUGAAUGUCACCAGCGCAGGAGAAGAGGAGCUGCCUUGUGCUGUGAUUGAGGGUGUAGCACCUUAUACUCAGGUAGAGCCUGAGAAUGGACAGCAGAGUAGCACAGAAAAUAUGGAAUACAUCAAAACCAAAAAAGAAAAUGAGGCAUUGUUUAAACUCAAAAAAGAAGAGCAUCCUCCUCCAACAGAAACAGAAACAUCCUGCGAUUCAAAAUCAGCCCAUGAGAGCAGGGAGCAGGAACCAGAGCCUGAACCUGAGGAGGAGGAGGAAGAGGAAGAGGAGGAGGAGGAGACGGAUGGAAACCACAUGUCAUCCAUUAUUUAUGAGAUUCCAAAGGAGCCUGAAAAGAGGCGGCGAAGCAAAAGAGGUCGUGUCAUAGAUGCAGAUGGCAUGUUGGAGAUGUUCCACUGUCCUUAUGAAGGAUGCACCCAAGUCUAUGUAGCACUUAGUAGCUUCCAGAAUCAUGUUAAUCUUGUUCAUCGGAAAGGAAAAACGAAGGUGUGCUCACACCCAGGUUGUGGCAAAAAGUUUUACCUAUCUAAUCAUCUCCGAAGACACAUGAUAAUCCAUUCAGGAGUCCGUGAAUUUACCUGUGAGACUUGUGGAAAAUCCUUCAAGCGGAAGAACCAUCUAGAGGUCCAUCGUCGAACACAUACAGGAGAGACCCCGCUCCAGUGUGAGAUUUGUGGCUAUCAGUGCCGACAGAGGUCUUCUCUCAACUGGCAUAUGAAGAAGCAUACCUCAGAAGUCCAAUACAACUUUACUUGCGAGUACUGUGGCAAACGUUUUGAGAAGCUGGACAGUGUCAAGUUCCACAAACUAAAGAGCCAUCCAGACCAUAAGGCUGCCUGACUCUGAUCAUGAAUCGCUUUAAUUAUUGUUCCUCCAAAUACCUAAACCAGUUGGGAGCAUGAUUUACAUAGUCACAGCUGAAGACAUGGUGUGUGCUACCCACAGCACAAGGGUCUAUCCCUUUGGUUAGGAUGAUAUGGAGUAGGUUUUUUUUAAGACCAGAUGAUGACUGACAAAAACUUCAAGUUGGAUAUGGAAAUGUCAGUGUGCUCAGGGUGUUCGGACAGCAUUAAGUUAAAACAUAACUGGAGAUUAUGGUGUUAAGCUGUCCUGUUUCUCAAGAGAAAAAGAACAGCGGAAGCAAUAGUCAAGAAUAAUCUUAUCCAAUUGAAGUAUCAGUACUUUGCUAUCCGCAGGGAGCACCGUCUACAUUUUAGCCACCUGAUACUUGAUCUGAAGGAGGAGUGCAGUAUGAAAGGUCUAAUUGCAUAUCAUUUAAUUAUGGAGAGACUACCAAUAUAUAGCUGCAGGUUUAGUUCAAGUGACUGUUUUAUAUCUGUUGACAACAGUGAAAGAAAAUUAUUGGUUGAUAUGCAUUAAUUCAGUUUCCUUGAAAUAGUUGGUUGAACGUAGUCAUAUAUUGGCCUAAGCAUGGUUCUGUUUCAGGAACUAUUUUCCCUUCAACAUUCAGGGCUAUUGCAUUUGAAGACAAUCCAGAGUUGGCAUUUGUACCCAUCUUCUUGAAAUAUUGGUGUUCUGUAAAGCACAGAUUCUGAUAUUGGGUAGACUUAGAUUCCAGCUCUAAGUUACUUUAUUAUUCUGGUUAUCUGUGGCCAUCCUCUAUAGUUUGCUAAAUUCAUAGUCUCGUUUGCAAAUAAGGAAUUUCUAAAAUUUAAUGCCAUCAGUGUAUUUUUUAUUAUACUAUUAAGAAAUAUGGUUUUUGUCUUUAAAAUGCCAUUUAAUCCUUAGGAUUAAGUUAAAAAAUAUUAAAUGUAAAAAUUGAUGGAGAUUUAUCUCUGUAACUGAAAUUGAUAUGGCUCUAUGAGAGCACUCAUAACUGGGUGUGUCAUUUCUUCACCACCAUCACCCCUCCAAAAAACCCUUCCUUUUUAACAACCUGUUUAUAUGGAAUUGUCAGCAGACAAAAUAGCUUAGUUGGGUCAAAUUUUGUGGAGUUUGCCAUUCUGGGAUGGAGGGACAGGAAGAGCUCCUUUUUGUUAGUUUAGGUAGUUCUACUUGUGUGGCUGUUCUUGCCAUAUUCUUCAAAGAUGCACAAGCCAUUGGUGAACUGAAUUUAAAACUUGCCAAACUUUUGCUUCCUGUUUUCUGAACUUGCAGGUGCUAAAAUGGACGGACCUUCCAAAUCCUGCAUUCCUGCUUCCCAUCUGUCCCAGUA